AGUGCUGCUCAGACCAGUGUGUGUGGUGGUAUACUCUUGAGUCUACUGGUGUGGCAGUGACAAGCUGUCAGUGUGCAACAUGAUUUAAGUGGCAAGUGAUGGUUAUUAUGGUAUUGAUGAUGUCCUGACAUCAUAUAUGAGGGGCCACCAUCAAGUGUGAACUUAGCUAUGCCCCUGGUGUGACCCAGAGAAAGAAAGAGACUUGUGUAACCUGUCGAUUAGGCAGUCACCAUGGGUCCUGAAGGCUCUGCCUCCUUCUUGCAUAUGGGUGAUAUUGUAUCCCUUUAUGCAGAAGGUAGUGUAUCAGGAUUCAUCAGCACCCUUGGGUUGGUGGAUGCCCGUUGUGUAGUGAGCCCAGAGGCUGGUGACCUCAGCAACCCUCCAAAGAAGUUCAGGGAUUGCUUGUUCAGCAUCUGCCCCAGCAACCGGUAUUCAGCCCAGAAACAGUUCUGGAAAGCAGCAAAACAGAGUGGCACCUCGAGCACUGAUCCCAGUUUGUUGAGCCGCCUCCAUCAUGCGGCAGAAACAGAGAAGAAACAGAAUGAGGCAGAAAGCAAGAAACGUAUGGGCACAGUCAUCAACUAUGGCAUUACCAUCCAGUUGCUGCACCUCAAGUCCAACAAGUAUCUGACAGUCAACAAACGGCUUCCAGCACUACUUGAGAAGAAUGCCAUGAGGGUAUAUCUGGAUGCUAAUGGAAAUGAAGGGUCUUGGUUUUACAUUAACCCAUAUUACAAGCUGCGUAACUCCGGUGACACUGUAGUGGUGGGAGACAAGGUCAUCCUCAACCCACUGAAUGCUGGGCAGCAGUUGCAUGUAUCAAGUAUGCACGAUCUGCGUGAUCAUCCAGGGUGCAAGGAGGUUAAUGUCUUAAAUUCAAAUACAUGCUGGAAGAUAUCAUUAUUUUUGGAACAUAAGGAGAAUCUGGAAGGAAUAUUAAAAGGUGGCGAUGUGAUACGUCUCUUCCAUGCAGAGCAAGAGAAAUUUCUCACAAUGGAUGAAUAUAAGAAGAAGCAACAUGUAUUUCUCAGGACAACUGGAAGGACUACUGCCACUGCAGCAACUUCCAGCAAGGCACUAUGGGAAGUUGAGGUCGUACAACAUGAUCCAACUCGAGGUGGAGCAGGUCACUGGAAUUCCUUAUUUCGCUUCAAACACCUAGCCACUGGACAUUACCUGGCUGCUGAAGUUGAUGAUGACCCAACUCAUGAUCCUACGAGAGCAAAGCUUAGAGAGCAAAUAUUGAAGCAACAGUCAAUAGACUCUGGGAGUUCGGACGGCCGGAGGAGAAAGACUGGGUUAUGGAGGGGAUCAGCAGAUCCUAAUGGGGGUCCUGUGUACCAACUUGUUUCAGUGCCAUUAAGCAAUGAUAUUGCAUCUAUCUUCGAACUUGAGCCUACCACUCUUAUAAGAGGCGAUUCCAUGGUACCACAGUCAUCCUAUGUAAGGCUACGACACUUGUGCACGUCAACCUGGGUGCACUCGACAUCCAUACCCAUUGACAAGGAGGAGGAUAAGCCUGUGAUGUCAAAGGUCGGUUGUGCUCCAAUCAAAGAAGACAAGGAAGCAUUUUCACUGGUUCCAGUUCAUGCCAAAGAAGUGAGAGAUCUGGAUUUUGCUAAUGAUGCUAGUGAAGUUUUGGCGAAGCAUGCAAAAAAAUUAGAAAAAGGAUCUAUCAUACAAACCGAGAGAAGAUCACUAAUGCUGUUGCUCUUAGAUCUUGUAUAUUUUAUUGCUGAGAAGGAGCAUGAACAAAACAAAAGUGAACCAUUAGCACUAGUUCUGGAAGUCACUAAUCCUAAUAGAGAUCGGCAGAAGCUCCUUAGGGAACAGAGUAUUCUAAAACAGAUAUUCAAGAUUCUUCAAGCACCAUUCACGGAGACUCAGGGAGGCGAUGGGCCUCUUCUCCGGAUUGACGAGUUGAAUGAUCCACGUCACUCGGCAUACAAAACUAUUUUUCGUCUUUGUUAUAGGCUUUUAAGACUUGCUCAACAAGGUUACAGAAAAAACCAGGAACACAUUGCUCAACACUUCGGUUUCAUGCAGAAGCAAAUUGGCAUCGAUAUAUUGGCAGAAGAAACUAUCACAGCUCUGCUUCACAAUAAUCGCAAACUACUCGAGAUUCAUAUUACUGCCACUGAAAUUGAAACGUUUGUUGGACUUGUUAGGAAAAAUAUGCACAAAUGGGAUUGGAGAUUCCUGGAUUAUCUCAAGGUUUUGUGUAUUUCCAAUAACCAGGCCAUCCCACGGACACAAGAACUUAUUUGUAAAAGUGUCUUCAGUGAGAAAAACAAAGACAUUCUAAUUGAGACCAGAUUGGUUGAAGAGGAUAUAGAAGUAGAAGUUGAUGUUGAGGGCUCUGGUCGUGUGGUGGCCAUUGAACGUGAUGAAGAGGUUGUCUUGACAUGGAAUAAUGGCCAGUGUUCGAAGUCUAUAGUGGAAUUAGCAAACCGUGCUGAGAACUUGAGUGAUUCUGAUGGUGGUGAAGAUCGUCUUAUCCUGGAAUACUACAGACACAUGCUUGAUCUCUUCUCUAACAUGUGCCUUGACCGUCAGUACUUGGCAAUACGGCCUCUCUCACCAUUACUCAAGAUAAAUCUGAUGUUGAAAUGCAUGGAAGAAGAAACACUGUCUUUCGACUUGCGUGCUGCUUUCUGCCGGUUAAUGCUGCACAUGCAUGUAGACUGUGAGCCACAAGAGAUGGUCACACCUGUCAAAUAUGCAAGACUGUGGUCUGAAAUUCAACCACACAUGUCCAUUGCAGAUUAUGACAAGCAUGCAGCUAUGCAUAGUACAGAAGCUGCAGCAACCACUUUCAAAGAUGUUAUCAUCUUUGUGGAAGAAUAUCUGUGUAAUGUGGUGGACAAGAUGUGGAGCUUUUCAGAUUGUGAACAGAAUAAACUGACCUUUGAGGUUGUGAAGCUUGCACGCUAUCUCAUCUACUUUGGUUUCUAUAGCUUCAAUGAUCUACUACGCCUGACCAAGACUUUGCUCUCCAUCCUUGACUACUCAUUUGAUACAGACUCGAAGUAUUUUCCUAACAAUCUUCCCCAAGGACCAUUAAGUGAUGAUAAAUGUAAGGAUGAUGAGCCUAAGCUUGACCAGCUAAGUAUAAGUACAACUUCUGUCAUGGACAUAUCUUGUGCUUCUAAUAUUAAUAGUAAUGAAAGUGGCACUACACCUAAUAUUGAAAUAGCUGCUAUUGAAAGUUGUGUUGGCUCUGUUGAUGAAAGCAGUAGUAAUAUGAGCAUAGCUACAUAUGGCAAAGCUACUUGUUCAAAAGUUGAGGCUAGUGUUUUGGAUGAUGUUAACUCUAGUCAUAAAGAUGAGAUUCUUCAUCCAAAAUCAAGAACCCCAAGCCCAAAAGCUUCUCCAAAAAAAACACCCAGCAGGAAGGUGUCAGAAGCAAAAGAAGGUAAAGGGGGUGUGUUUAAGAGCUUAGGUGAUAUGGGUGCUGUUGUGACAAACUUGGCUCUAGGAACUACAAGGAUGGGACAUAGACUAGGUGGUGGAGCCAGCCCCAAGAAGAAAGGGGCGGCAUUGGAGGAAGCCGACACACUCGUCAUGGAUACAAAGCUAAAGAUUAUUGAAAUUUUAGAGUUUAUCCUCAAUGUGCGACUGGACUACCGAAUCAGCUGCCUCUUAUCAAUAUUCAAGAAGGAGUCAGAUGAAAACCCAAGUUCCAUUACUGGAGAUGGAAUUUCACAAGGAUUGAAAAACAAAAACCUCGAAAAUAUUUGGGCUCAGGCUCAAAGCAUUUUUGAUGAAACGGAGGAGAAUUCUAACUUGGAUUUGGAUGGUGAAGGUGGCAAGAAGUUUCUUCGUGUAUUACUGCACUUGACUAUGCACGAGUAUCCUCCUCUGGUCUCACGUUCAUUGCAACUACUCUUCAGGCACUUCUCACAAAGACAAGAAGUGCUUCAGAACUUUAAGCAGGUACAACUUUUAGUUCAAGACGGGGAUGUGGAGUCAUACAAGCAAAUAAAAGAAGAUUUGGAUGAUUUACGCAAUCUUGUUGAGAAGUCAGAACUAUGGGUCUAUAAAUCCAGAAGCACUGAUGAAGAUAGUGGUGGAACUAAAAAGAAAAAGAAGAAAAAUAAAGAUGAUGACGACGAUGAAACAGAUAGGAAACCUAAAAAGCCUCCUGCACCAAUGCUUUCGGCUCAAGACAAGCAGGAGUCAGCCAUAGAUUUGGGUCUUGGUCCUCCACUUGAACCUGAGCAAGCAGAUAACUACAAGCGAAUUCAGCAGAUACUAGUGAGGAUGAACAAGCUCUGUGUUACACAAUCCAGUCAUGGCAAUCUGACACCAAAGAGGAAUGAACAACGUCUUUUAAGAAAUAUGGGCAUUCAUAGUGUUGUUUUAGAGCUUUUGCAGAUUCCCUAUGACAAAAAAGAAGAUAAACGUAUGAAUGAGUUGAUUGAACUAGCUCAUCAGUUUCUGCAAAACUUUUGCCUUGGUGAUCGGCCAAAUCAAGCUCUUCUCUACAAGAGUAUUGAUCUCUUCCUCAAUCCAGGGCUGCUGGAAGCCAAGACGGUAUGUGCUGUGUUCAAAGAUAACUCGCAGUUGUGUGGUGAAGUAUCAGAGCGGGUCAUACAGCACUUCAUUCAUUGCAUCGAGACUCAUGGCCGGCAUGUUCAGUAUCUUAAGUUCCUGCAAACCAUAGUCAAAGCAGAGGGACAGUUCCUUCGUCGAAGUCAGGAUAUGGUUAUGCAGGAACUGGUGAGUGCUGGCGAAGAUGUGUUAGUAUUCUACAAUGAAAGAGGUUCUUUCAACAUGUUCAUAGAGAUGAUGAAAGCUGAUCGCAAUAGAAUGGACUUCGAUGACAUCAGUCCACUCAGGUACCACAUUGAACUUGUUAACCUACUGGCCGACUUGACUGAAGGCAAGAACGUUUACACGGAGAUUAAAUGUCACAGUCUUAUUACACUUGAUGACAUUGUAUCGGUUGUGACACAUCCUGAGUGUAUUAUUGAGGUUAAAGAAGCUUACAUAAACUUCCUCAACCACUGUUACAUCGACACUGAAGUUGAAAUGAAAGAAAUCUAUAAUUCUCAUCAUAUUUGGAGUUUGUUUGAGAAGUCAUUCCUGGUAGAUAUGGGUCGAGUAGCCACUGCUCCUCCUGACCGAAGAUAUGCUGACAAAGCACUGGAGAACUAUGUGAUCAACUCACUCAUGACAAUCAUCACAACAUUCUUCAACAGUCCAUUCUCAGAUCAGAGUCAAACUAUUCAGACACGGCAGCCAGUGUUUGUGCAGCUUCUCCAUGCAGUGUACAGAGUGAGCCAAGCAGUCAUGGGCCACCAGAGGGUUAAUGUAGAGAACUGCAUCAAGACACUUACAGAAGUUGCUCGCAAGCAUAACAUUUCCAUACCAGUAGACUUGGAGGCCCAAGUUGUGAGCAUGUCUCAGCGCACCACUAGUAUCAUGACACGAACAGCUUCUAAAUGGAGCAAUCGAGCCACUCGACGUGAUACCUCAUCAACAUCGCUUUGCAAUGACUUAAUGUACGAAGAAGAUGAUGGAGAUCAGCUGUCUGGGCGCAUGGAUCACCUAGUCAUUGAGCAAGACUUCAACUCUGUAGUGUCAGUUCUUGAGGCAGAGCUCCGCCCACUGGUUUCAGCAGAACUUUCGGUCCUGGUGGACAUUCUUUAUCAGCCACAUAAGCUGUUCAGACCGGACAGUGAAGCUAGCAUAAAGUGUAAAAAUGGUGGCUUUAUUUCUAGGUUGAUUCGUCACUGUGAGAAGUUGCUGGAAGAAAAAGAUGAAAAAUUAUGCAUUCAGGUUCUCAAGACUUUAAAAGACAUGAUAACAGAUUCAGAAUAUGGAGAGAAGGGGGAGUCAAGUUUUGAAAAAGAAGAACUCGAAAUGGGAGAUGCUCUGCGAAAUUUACUCCUGGCACGGUACUUUGAUCAGUAUCCAUGGUCAAAGAAAGAAACUGCAGAACUGCGGGCUAAACAACCACAAAACGUCGGACCAGGAGAUGUAGUGCAGCGACGAUCAGGAAAAUCCUUGGCUGAUGUUCAGUGUGAUCUAGCUAAAAAAGGGGCAGCGGUUCUAGUAGUGGACCUCGUGAUGAAAAGCCAGAACCGUCACCGUAUUUUUGUGGAGGCGGUGGAACUGGGCAUCGCACUCCUAGAGGGUGGUAAUAGAGAAAUACAGGACAUGCUGUAUAAUAAACUCCGGGAGAGCGAUAAAUGUCAAAACUUUUUUAAGGUGUUUGACAAUAAAAUGGAUGAAGCUCAGCAAGAGAUCAAGAAUACUGUCACUGUCAACACCUCAGACCUGAGUGCCAAGAACACUGAUGACAAGGAUGGACAAAAGGAAGGAGAAAAGUCAAAUAGAAAAAAAGGAGGUCAUAGACCAAAUGGAUUAGUCAUGAAUGAUGAGAUUCGGGAGGAGCUGUCUGUUGCUGCCUCAGUUACUUCACAAGCUUAUGCAAAUAUUAGAGCUGGCAAUACAGGAGAUGAUAACAGCACCUGUCUAGGUAUCAACACCCUAGAAGAAGUGGGCGAAAACUUUGGAGGUCGAGGCAACAAGGAUUCCCCUGCAGAUAACCCCAAGCUCUCUCCUAAGAUUGCUGUGAUGGAGCCUGUCUUACGCUUUCUGCAACUGCUCUGUGAAAAUCAUAAUUUGUUUCUCCAGAAUUUCCUAAGGAAUCAGAAAAGUAAGACAAAUUACAACUUAAUAAGCAAAACUCUUAUGUUUUUGGACUGUAUAUGUGGGUCAACAACUGGCGGGUUGGGUCUCCUCGGACUCUACAUUAAUGAACACAAUGUCUCUCUCAUUAAUCAAACUUUAGAAACGCUUACCGAAUAUUGUCAAGGCCCCUGUCAUGAGAACCAGAACUGCAUUGCAACUCAUGAAUCCAAUGGGCUACACAUCAUAACAGCACUUAUCCUUAGUGAUAUCAACCCACUGGCAAAAGCUCGCAUGGACCUUGUCUUAGAGUUGAAGAACAAUGCUUCAAAAUUGCUUUUGGCAAUAAUGGAAUCAAGGGCUGACUCAGAAAAUGCAGAACGGAUUCUCCAAAGCAUGCAUAUUGACCAACUGCUGGAUAUGGUAUGCAACUUGUACCACCAGGAGAGUAUGGAUGAAGAUGAGUUCUUUGAAGAGGGUUCUCCUGAUGGUGAUGAUGGAGUCUCUCCAAAAGAAGUUGGACACAAUAUCUACAUAUUGUGCCAUCAGCUAGCUAAACACCAUAAGGAACUUGAGGAAUUACUCUCCAAAAGUGGCAAUGAAAAGCACAGUAAGGCACUGACUCAUUACAGAGAAAAUACUGCCCAGAUUGAGAUUGUUCGAAGUGACCGCACAAUGGAGCAAAUUGUUUUCCCUAUCCCAGAGAUCUGCAAUUACCUGACAAGAGAAACAAAACAGAGAGUCUACCAAACUGCUGAACGGGAUGAACAGGGAACUAAAGUCACUGAUUUCUUUGAAAAGUGUAAUGAUAUGUUCAUAGAAAUGCAGUGGCAGAGAAAAUUGAAAAGUCAAGCAGUAUUGUCUACCAUUAGCAACUAUAUGUCCUUAUGGAGUAGAUUACUCUUCUUAUUGGCGUUAAUGAAUAACCUCAUUGUUGCAUUCUUCUAUCCAUAUACUAGUCAUUUGCCAAAUGUUAACGGCCAUGUGAAUGGCUUGCUUUGGGUGGUUCUUCUGAUAGCUCUUGCCAUUGUUGUAAGUUUCCAACGGCGAAUCUUCAUGUAUCUUCUGGGGGCCAUAUCAAUAGUGCGCCUCAUAUUCUCUGUAGGACCUGAACCUACUCUUUGGCUACUGGGUAGUGCUAAUGUGUUAAUAAAAGGCAUUCAUCUUGUGAGUUUGAUGGGUAACAAAGGAACAUUUGCUAAGAGAUUGGAACAGCAGGUGACGGACAGUGAGCUCCUCUACCACGUAAUCUAUCUUGUAUUCUGUGUCCUUGGCCUAUCUGUUCACCCCUUCUGUUACUCAGUUUUGCUCUUUGAUGUGGUAUAUCGAGAGGAAACCUUACUGAAUGUGAUGAGGUCAGUAACACGCAAUGGCUGGUCCAUCGUCCUGACAGCAGCAUUGGCCCUCAUAUUGGUGUAUAUGUUCUCCAUCAUUGGUUACAUGUUCUUCAGGAAUGAUUUUAUAGUGGAUGUUACCGAUAAUGAUAUUGAUUGGGAUACAAUUCAAAGUCACAUUAACAAGCGUGUUGAAAAUUACGUCUCAACUUCCUUGUCUGUUAGACAAAAGGAAUUGGAAACAUGUGAGGUUGGGGUAGACUGCACACAAGAUGAUCAUCAUGUCCUGGAUCUAAGAGACCUUGUUGAAGGUAUAACAAAAGAAGUAAUGGCUGAAGUUGAGGAUGCAAAGGAAGAAGCCUGCUCAACUCUUCUUAUGUGUAUAGUAACCACGCUCAAUCAUGGACUUCGAAGUGGAGGGGGCAUUGGAGACAUUUUGCGGCCUCCAUCAAAUAAAGAAAGCUUGUUUGCUCCCCGUGUCAUCUAUGAUCUUCUGUUCUUCUUCGUCGUCAUCAUCAUUGUAUUGAACCUCAUCUUUGGUGUUAUUAUUGACACCUUUGCCGAUCUCAGAAGUGAAAAGCAAAAUUCAGAAGAAAUACUGAAAAAUUCUUGCUUUAUAUGUGGUAAGUAA